AUGAGGCAGGAGCUGGAGAAGGUGUCUUUCAUUUGCAGCCUACUAGAACCGUCCCCUUCUGGGGAGUGAGGCUGGGUUGUCUGAGAUCUCUCUGCUCUGGCCCAGGAUGAAAAGCUGGUGAGGCAGGAUGCUGCCCACGUGGGAAUCUGUCACAAGAAGACCAAUUUCAGCUCCGUGAAUAAUCGCACUGUGCUACUGACCCACUACAAUGACUCAGGGGGAAACAGCUUCUUUGACCCUCAGGACAAAUUUUCUUUUGCUAAUGACCUGUGUGGGGUAAUCAGAAAACCCCAGAGCAGUGUGAUGCUAGAUGAGAGGGAUCUGUAGAGAGAUGCCCGCCACGAGGACUUGAAGGCCUAUGUGAGGUGCCACUUUCCUGCACGGAGCUGCUGCGUGUUCAAAAAAAGCCUGGGGAAGAGGCAGCCAUUUGUGGCCUACAUUGAGGUUUAUCAGUACCAGCCUUCAAAUCACUGGAACAGCCUUUGCAAGUCAGACUGGACUUUUGCCCUGCCUCCAUUUACCACUCAGGUUACAGUGAUCUUUCUCCUUCAGACACAGUACUUCAAAGAUGGCCAUUUCCAUGUAGCUGUCAGCAAGUCUGUAAGUGAGACUCUAAAUGUGAUAGACCAAAGUCAGUUUUCUACAGAUUAUGUGAAAUUUGUGAAAGCUGAGGACACCAACUUUCAUUUUGCCAUUCUGGAAAACAUUCAGGCUUUGUACGAUAUAUAGGAGACAAAUCUGCAGAGGAAGCUCCAUGUUACUUACACGUUUAUGAACUGGAAUAUACUAUUGAAAGAUCAGCAUCUGAACACCAGUGUCUUCGAUACAGAAGUUUAUCCAUGCUUACUGAAACACACUAUUUUAUAUGGUGGCCCAAAUAUUUUUUUUUUAAAAAAAGAAGACUAA